UGGAGCUCCUUCGAACUUUUCUCUUUGGGCACGUUGUGUUUCUGCUGUUCGUUCUGUUCUGAAGAAAAAAGUAUUCCUCUGUUUGGCUGUCUUUGUGUGGCAUCGGCUAAUAAAGAUGGGGGAAAAUAAAGAGAAGAACGAAACAUGUGGGACCAUUUUCCUAAAAUACCUGCUCUUCACCUUCAAUUUCCUGUUUUGGCUGGCAGGGGGUGCAGUGAUGGCUGUGGGCAUCUGGACGCUAGUUGAAAAGAGCGACUACAUCAGUCUGCUGUCCUCAAAGAUUUAUGCUGUCUCUGCCUAUAUACUGAUCAUGGCCGGGGUGAUUGUCAUGGUAACGGGGGUUUUAGGCUGCUGUGCCACCUUCAAGGAGCAAAGACGACUUCUGAGAGUGUAUUUUGUUUUACUGCUGUGUAUUUUCCUUCUGGAGAUCCUGGCUGGAGUUUUGGCCUACAUUUAUUACCAGCAGCUGAAUGAGGAACUGAAGGAGAACUUGAGGGAGACCAUGGUUCAAAAAUACCAUCAGCCUGAGCAGGACCAUGUGACGAAGGCUGUGAACAAACUACAGCAGGAGUUCAAGUGCUGUGGCAGUAACGGCUCCUUUGAUUGGGUGGAGAGUGUUUGGAUCCGCUCCGUUGAGGCCGACAGUCGGUUGGUUCCUGAUAGUUGCUGUAAAAGCCCAGUCAUAAAGCUGUGCGGUCGGAGAGAUCACCCCUCGAAUAUCUAUAAAGUAGAGGGUGGCUGCAUCACAAAGCUGGAGAACUUCAUUCUGAAUCACUUGCAAAUCAUUGGUGCAGUGGGGGUGGGCAUAGCCUGUGUGCAGAUUGUUGGCAUGUUUUUCACCUGCUGUCUGUACAGGAGUCUGAAAUCAGAGCCAUACUGAAGAGACCGCUCAACUACAGCAAUAAUCAGUGACCAUCAUUCUCUACAGCAUUUUUUUGUUUCACAAAAAUUUAAAUAGAUAGGAAAUAAUUAAAGGUUCUGCAUACCAUCAAAUCAGUUCCAACUAUCCACAGGCACAGACAGACAUAUACAGUAAUAAAUAUAGUGUUUUAUGAUUUUAAACACAUUAGGUAUUACCGAGUUAGAAAGAUUGUUCUAAUCUUUUUUGUAAGUGGCUUUAUUGUUCUUAUCAAUUAACUUAAGUUUGGACUGUAUUUUAUAUAUGAAACUUUUUAUGCUUUUUUUUUCUUUGUUUGUUUGUACUCCCAGAUCCUCAAUCAAA